GUUUCAGAAAGCACUUCCUGAAAGAGACAGAGCAACGAUUACAGCUCAGCAGUGCCAACUCCUCCAGCAAGCCGGAGCUACAUUCAAAACAGCCUUUAACGCAACAAAAGUGGGUACACCGGAAAAUGGUCACUUCUAAGACAACGCUUUGAUGGAAGGAGAGCAUAGCCUUUAAGACACUUGAGUCACUCAUACUUUAUCCAAACUGGAGUGAAUGAAUGAAGACAAAUGCAGAUGGCAAAUGAACUGCAUAAAAGCGGCCUGAGCCCAAGCCUCUAAGUAUCAUGCCUACCAACAAGCUAUAAGAUGACUACCCCAAGCAAUCAAGAUCAACCCAUCCCUUCUAAUAGCUCACACCCAGACGAAUACAAAAUCGCGGCUCUUGUCUUCUACAGCUGUAUAUUCCUGGUUGGAUUAUUUGUUAAUGUUACUGCCUUAUGGGUUUUCAGUUGUACCACCAAGAAGAGAACUACUGUAACCAUCUAUAUGAUGAAUGUGGCACUACUGGACUUAAUAUUUAUAAUGAGUCUACCCUUCCGAAUGUUCUACUAUGCAAAAGGUGAAUGGCCAUUUGGAGAGUACUUCUGCCACAUUCUCGGGGCUCUUGUAGUGUUUUACCCAAGCGCUGCUCUAUGGCUUCUUGCUUUUAUCAGUGCCGACAGAUACAUGGCCAUCGUACAGCCGAAAUAUGCCAAAGAACUUAAAAAAACAUGCAAGGCCUUGCUUGCCUGUGUAGGAGUGUGGAUAAUGACCCUGACAACCACUGUCCCUCUGCUGCUCCUCUAUGAAGACCCAGAUAAAGCCUCCUCCCCUGCCACCUGCCUAAAGAUCUCUGACAUCAUUCAUUUCAAAGCCGUCAAUGUGCUGAACUUCACUCGACUGAUAUUCUUCUUCCUGAUCCCUGUGUUCAUCAUGAUUGGGUGCUACUUGGUCAUCAUUCACAGUCUCCUCCAUGGCAAGACAUCUAAGCUGAAACCCAAGGUCAAGGAGAAGUCCAUAAGAAUUAUCAUCACGCUCCUGGUGCAGGUGCUCAUCUGCUUCCUGCCCUUCCACAUCUGCUUUGCCUUCCUGAUGCUGGGUGGGGAAGAAAACAGCUACAGCCCCUGGGGAGCCUUCACCACCUUCCUCAUGAACCUCAGCACGUGUCUGGAUAUGAUCCUCUACUACAUUGUUUCCAAACAAUUUCAGGCUCGGGUCAUUAGCGUCAUGCUGUACCGCAAUUACCUCCGGAGUGUGCGUAGAAAAAGCUUCCGAUCUGGGAGUUUACGGUCACUUAGCAAUGUGAAUAGUGAAAUGUUAUAAAUGACGUGAAUUUUCUUCAAUCUCUUUAAAAUUCAUUUUUCUUUAAAAUUCAUUUUCCUAACUACUCCAGUACCAAUGGAUAUUCUACAUAAUAUUAUCAAGUCCCCUCUCUGCUAAAAGAAAAGAAAAAAACUUUAAGAACUCUUUUGUACAAUCUUAUUGUGGCAAUACAAUUACACAUUCUAAUUUUUUAUUUUCAAACUUGUAUAAAACAUUUUGAAUUAUUGGGGAAAAAACACCCACACUGGCAUUUCACAGUCAAGCCUUAUCUACACAGAUAAUAAAUAUUUUUUAAUUAUUUUGAAUUUAA